AUGGGACGUAAGGAGCAUGGAGGGACUUGGCACAUGGACGCAGCUAAACUGGAUACGCAAAGGAAGAAGGGAGAAACCAUCUUAAAGACCAGCUCGACCAUCUACUCGACCAACCGGUCGAGUUCAGGAAGAAGGGAGAAGCCAUCGAAGCUCGACCAUCUACUCGACCAACCGACCCAGACCAGCUCGACCAUCUACUCGACCAACCGGUCGAGUUCCUCAACUCGACCGGCCAAGCUUCAACUCGAUCGAGCUGAGAAGUCAACAGUCAAACCCGAAAAAUGUUGCUUCCCCCUUGACUUUCCUUUGACCCUAAACCUAAAACCUCUUGUAUUUAAGUGCUCUAAGCCACGAAAAAACCUCUUGGCAAUUGACUAG